UUCUUUUUUUUUCCUGACGGGCUCGCCAAGGUUUUUUUUUUCUAAACUCUUCUUUUAUCGAUGUAUUAUUUAUUUUUAUGAUUGUUUGAGGCUGACAGUCAAACCAGGGCGGACGAACUGCGUCUUGACGGGGGGAGAGCUCGGACUUCUUUGGCUGUGGGGGCGCGAGAGAAAACACACCACGCACCAAAACAUUGUCCUUUCUGUCACUUCUCUUCUUUUUUGGGGGGGGGGGGAGGAGGUGGUGGUGGUGGGGGGCUCCAGCGACUUUAAACCAGGAACCCGCUUGUGAGCUUUCUUCCCCCCGCUGAGGAUGAGAGGAAAUUAGACGUGUUGAUCGAGGCUUUGAGCUUGUUUUACUGGGAUUUAUUUUGGCUGUGGCGAGCAAAGACCCGGAGCGGAGCCGGAGCUGCGCGUAAAGAAAAAAAAAAGAAAGAAAAAAAAAAGCGAAAGAGGUCUUUCCUCCGCUCUCCUCAUCUACGUCGCCACCCGGCUACAGUUCUGUCUGCGUGUCUGCGUCUUCCCUCCCUCUGUCCAUCUAUUUUUCUCCAUUUGUUUCCAUGUUGUAGGUCCGUGCGAUUUAGCUAAAAUGCAUCAUCAACAGCGGAUGGCAGCUUUGGGCACGGACAAGGAACUGAGCGACUUGCUGGAUUUUAGCGCGAUGCGAAACAGCGAUUUGAAAAUGUUCCCAUCAUCCAUGAUGUUUUCCCCUCCUGUUAGCAGUGGAAAGAAUGGACCGACUUCCCUGGGGAGUGGACAUUUCUCCGGCUCAAAUAUGGAGGAGAGAACGAGUGCGGGCUCAUGGGCGAGUGGAAGUCGCUCUUCGAAGAGCUAUGCAGAAGGUUCUCAGUACGUCACGUCGCACGACAGCCUGUCACCUCCUUACGCUAACUCCAGGCUAGCAGGUAAAACAGAGAGGAAUUCAUAUUCAUAUGGCAGAGAAUCAAACCCGCACUGCCACCAGUCAUUAUUGGGCGGUGAGAUGGCAUUGGGGAGUCCCGGCGCCACUUCGCCCACCAAGCCGCCCGGUCAGUACUACCAGCAUUACGGCGGCAACCCCCGCAGGAGACUACUGCAUAUGGACUCCAUGGAAAUCCACCCCAAAAAAGUCCGCAAGGUUCCGCCGGGCUUGCCAUCCUCAGUUUACGCUCCAUCUGCCAGCACAGCCGACUACAACAGGGAUUCGCCGGGCUAUCCCAACUCCAAACCGACGAGUUCUGGCUUCCCAAGUUCAUUUUUUAUGCCAGAUGGUCACCACAGCGGCGAACCCUGGAGCAGCAGUAGCGGCAAUCUCAGCCAACAGGGUUACCACGGCAGCAUGUUAGGAGGCGGGAACGCCGCCCACGGCCCCUCCCAGAGCUCCUCCUACUGUGGCGUUCACCCUCACGACAGACUGAGCUACCCAGCGCAUUCAUCAGCAGACAUCAACUCCAGCCUUCCGCCCAUGUCCAGCUUCCACCGAGGAGCAGGCGGCGGGGGCGGGGCUAAUCACUACAGCACCGCCUCUUGCUCCACCGCUCCCACCAACGGCACAGACAGCAUUAUGGCUAACCGAGCACAGAGCGGCGCAGCCAGUAGCUCCCAGACAGGAGACGCCUUAGGGAAAGCGCUAGCCUCGAUCUACUCCCCAGACCACACAAACAACAGCUAUUCCUCCAAUCCCUCAACUCCGGUGGGCUCCCCGCCCACCCUCACAGCCGCCAGUUCAGCUGUCUGGUCCAGGAACGGCGGGCAGGGAGCAUCGUCGCCAAACUAUGAGGCUCCACUGCACUCGCUGCAAAGUCGCAUCGAGGACCGUUUGGAGCGCCUGGACGACGCCAUUCACGUACUGCGAAGCCACGCUGUCGGCCCAUCAACGGCCAUGAGCGGCGGGCACGGCGACAUGCACGGCCUGAUCGGGGCCGCGCACACCCACAACGGCGCCAUGGGCUCCCUGGGAAGCGGCUACGGGACGGGACUGCUGUCGGGCAACAGACACUCGCUCAUGGUGAGCUCUCACAGAGAAGACGGCAGUAUGGGUCCUUUACGUGGUGGUCACUCGAUGGCGGCAAGUCAGGUGCCUCAGCUGCCGGCUCAGUCGGCCACUUCGCCAGACCUCAGCCAACCUGAUCCUUACCGCGCUCUAUCUGGAGGCCUUCAGGGCCAGAGCACCUCUUCCAUCAGCUCAGAGAUCAAGUCCGAGGAUGAGGGCGAUGAGAACCUCCUGCAAGACUCCAAGCCUUUGGACCCCAAGAAGGAAGACAUUGACAGCAAGGAUCUCAAAGGAAUUGAUAGGUCAAGAUCUAGCAACAACGACGAUGAGGACCUGUCUCCGGAGCAGAAGAUGGAGCGGGAGCGGGAAAGGAGAAUGGCCAACAAUGCUCGCGAGCGCUUGCGAGUACGCGACAUCAACGAGGCGUUCAAGGAACUCGGCCGGAUGGUGCAGUUGCACUUAAAGAGCGAUAAGCCGCAGACCAAGUUACUAAUCCUUCACCAGGCCGUGGCGGUCAUCCUCAGUCUGGAGCAACAAGUCAGAGAGAGAAACUUGAACCCGAAGGCGGCCUGCCUGAAACGCCGCGAGGAGGAGAAAGUCACCGUGGCAUCGGACGGGACUCCCCUGUCGCUCGCCGCCGCGCACCACGCCGCCAUGGGCGAUGGCGCGAACCCAUUGGGACAAAUGUAAAACGCAGCAACAUCUUCUCCCCCCCCCCCAUUGAUGGUCCAAGGUGCCCGAGUUCAUCAAAAUGAUGAGUGACCACUUCCUCUGACAGUGUUUCCACGACACCCCCAGUAAUCAAUCAAACCCACCGUCGCUUGGCCAAACCAAUCAAGAUUCUCCGGACCAAUCGGAUGAGCCUUAGGGGCUUUCCUCCGUGUUCUAAUCUUCCUCUUCGACUUUGCCUCCCUUUUCUUUCAAGAAAACAAACCCCGCGCCGUCACGAACUCCUGCUUUUGUGGAGACGCCCGCGGAUGUUGUCAUGAAGUUACUGCAAGGGGAAAGAAAACCUACGACCAAUCAUUUAUGAAAUUCUACUUUUACAGAAAGCACCAUUCCCGGUUUUAAGAACAUUGGGCUCUAUCAAAUCUGUGUAGUGCAGUAUAUGUACAAAUAUAGAG